ACUGUGGGGCGGGAGGAGGCGCCAUUUUGGCAGGGAGCUGGUCUCGCCGCUCGGCGCGAGGUGACAGGAGGUUGUUUGGAUGCGCCGCCAAACCAGGGGCCGUGUGGAUUGAGCUGUCUAAAAUAGUCGGAGAGCCGAGGGGAAAAAACCGAACCAAGACUUGACAGAUAGACUCUCCGACUUUUAAAACGCUGUUGUCAGUUAUUGUGGCAGUUUAUGCCAGACGCGGCGUCUUUUAAAUGUUUUAUUGAAGUGGUUGUGGUCUGGAAUUGGAUGACACUACAAGAACGUGGAGUGUAAGGGGUCCGGAGCCGGAGGUUUGACUGCCGGACCCCCGCCCUGGAGAUCAGCUGAAACACGAGGAACAGAAGAGAAGUGGAGGGCACGACUAAGCGACUCGCCUCAUCAUUAGGGGCUUCUUUUGUAGCGACAAACUGAAUGUAUGAAAACAUGUCAACAAUGGUUUGUGGGAAGGAAGACAGAAUGGAGAAGUUGUCUCAGGAUGAAAUCAUCUCCAAGACAAAGCAAGUGAUUCAAGGUCUUGAAGCUCUGAAGAAUGAGCAUAACUCUAUCCUGCAGAGCCUGCUGGAGACUCUAAAGUGUCUAAAGAAGGAUGAGGAGACCAGCCUUGUUGAGGAGAAAUCCAACAUGAUUCGCAAAUCUCUUGAAAUGCUGGAGCUGGGGUUAAGCGAGGCACAGGUGAUGAUGGCUCUUUCUGGUCAUCUGAGUGUUGUGGAGUCUGAAAAGCAAAAGCUGCGAGCCCAGGUUCGUAGGUUAUGUCAAGAAAACCAGUGGCUUCGAGAUGAGUUGGCUAACACUCAGCAGAAACUACAGAAGAGCGAACAAUGUGUUGCACAGCUGGAAGAGGAAAAGAAGCACUUGGAGUUCAUGAACCAGCUCAAGAAAUAUGAUGAUGAUAUCUCUCCAUCGGAUGAUAAAGAUUCAGACUCGUCCAAAGAAGCCCUGGAUGACCUUUUCCCCAAUGAUGAUGAUGAUCAAGGACAAGGAAUUCAGCAACACAACAGCGCUGCUGCAGCUGCAGCACAGCAGGGUGGCUAUGAGAUUCCUGCGCGAUUACGAACCUUGCACAACCUUGUCAUACAGUAUGCCUCGCAGGGUCGAUAUGAAGUGGCUGUCCCACUGUGCAAACAAGCGCUGGAAGACUUGGAGAAAACUUCGGGGCAUAAUCACCCAGACGUUGCUACAAUGCUCAAUAUUCUUGCUCUUGUUUACAGGGACCAGAAUAAAUACAAAGAAGCAGCGAAUCUGCUAAAUGAUGCUUUGGCCAUUCGAGAGAAAACUCUUGGGAAAGAUCAUCCAGCGGUAGCUGCUACCUUAAAUAACCUUGCAGUGCUCUAUGGGAAAAGAGGGAAAUAUAAAGAAGCUGAACCACUUUGCAAACGGGCUUUGGAAAUUCGCGAGAAGGUCCUGGGGAAGGAUCAUCCUGAUGUUGCUAAGCAGCUGAAUAACUUGGCAUUGCUCUGCCAGAAUCAGGGGAAAUAUGAAGAGGUUGAAUACUACUAUCAGCGGGCACUGGAGAUCUACCAGACAAAGCUGGGACCAGAUGAUCCAAAUGUUGCAAAGACAAAAAAUAAUUUGGCCUCCUGUUAUCUGAAACAAGGAAAAUUUAAGCAGGCUGAGACCUUAUACAAGGAAAUUCUAACUCGAGCUCAUGAAAGGGAGUUUGGUUCUGUUGAUGAUGAAAAUAAACCUAUAUGGAUGCAUGCAGAAGAAAGAGAAGAACAGUGCAAGGGAAAACAGAAGGAUGGAUCAAGUUUCAGUGAAUAUGGUGGUUGGUACAAGGCUUGUAAGGUAGACAGUCCAACUGUGACUACUACUCUGAAGAACCUGGGAGCACUGUACAGGCGUCAAGGCAAGUUUGAAGCUGCAGAUACCCUGGAGGAGGCAGCCAUGAGGUCUCGGAAGCAGGGUCUUGACAGUGUUCAUAAGCAAAAAGUAGCAGAAGUAUUAAAUGACCCUGAAAACCUGGAGAAGAGGCAAAGCAGAGAGAGCCUUAAUAUGGAUGUGGUAAAAUAUGAAAGUGGCCCAGAUGGUGGGGAGGAAGUGAGUAUGAGCGUAGAGUGGAAUGGGGAUGGGACAGGAUCCCUAAAACGAAGUGGUUCCUUUAACAAGCUCAGGGCCUCCCUCCGGCGAAGCAGUGAGAAGUUAGUUAGAAAGCUGCGUGGAGGACCAUCUCGGGACAGUGACCCCAAGAACCCAGGCAUGAAGCGUGCCCACUCUUUGAGUGUUCUUAAUAUGGCUGACAAGGCUGCAGAGGAAUCUUCGCAAGAACGAAAUAAUAGUCUGAGUGAAUGUCGAAAUCUGAGCGCCAGUCACACUAACCUGGCCCACUGAUAUCAUCACUCUGAGCACCAGAGAUCUUCAGAAGGCGGCACAGAUGUGGAAGGUCAACCAAAAAAAAAUGAUGGAGGAAGCUGUCCUGCAACUGGAUCUGCUGCUUCGCCUUCAAGCAGGAAACUGGACCGGGAUAAAGCAGCCCCCUUAUCUUAACGCGUGUUGCUUCUGUAAUAGAGUAAUUAGGACAAACUGUACAGAAUAUCGAGUUAGGGCUCCAAUUCUUUGCACUGUUCUCAACGGCCGUGUUGAAGCUGAUCAAGUGUGGCGAGGUCACUUUGUAGAACUGGACUCAAGGAACAAACGGACAGCUUGUGCGUAAUCUAAGAAUGGGUGCAGCAUCAGGACAGCACUUUGAAAAGAUCUUUACAAGCAACAGCAGAAAUAUUAGAGGGCAUAUUGGGACAUGAUGAGAGUGAAGCACCUAAACAUCUCCUAAACAUCUGAAUUUAAAAAUAAGUACAUAAAAAUCUCUGUCUGCUUGAGUGGGGUGGGAUGUCCAGUCAGGCCAUCAUAUGCAGGCUUGUUAUCUUAAAGCCCAAAACCAAUGAAUGACGACAUGCCUGUGGUACUGAAUGUAAACCAACCACUAAUCCCAAUUUAUUUGUUUAACUUUUCUUUUUUUCAGCAGUUUUAUUUUUGUUAUUGAUGAAGUCUGACGUUUAUUCUUGACUUUUUGUUCUGAGAAUGUAUGCUUAUAUGUUUUAUGUGUAGAGGGCAAGGGAGCAUGUGGUCCAGCAGUCAACGUUCACGAGGCUGUCCUGGCGUUUGCUCUUCUGCUAAAUGAGACGUUUCCCAGUCGAGCAGCUCCUGCGUCCUAAGACCUGUGAGAGGCGGGCGGGCGAGUUGGGCACACUGCAUGGACGGAGAACGUUACACCUUUAUUUAUAGUGCUUUAUAAUAGAAAUGGCUAACAAAAGUUAUAAGUAAGUGCUCUUCAGGUUUCAUUUUCUUUUAUAACAGGUUAUAUAAAACAGUAGAAAUGAGAAUCACAGUUUUCUGUUUAGUAAACUAGAACUAUAGUCUGCUGGUCAGAGGAAAAUUUAAAAACUCCUGUUGGUGGGAUGCUAGAGAAAAUAAAACUGCAGGGGUUCCAAGGCCAAAACAAAGCCCACCCCCACACAAAGCAGAUUCAGGUAUUUAUCUAGUUAAUUACAUUUGGACAGGGGUCUACCCCAAAUUAGUACCCCAUCUGUGUGGGACAUGACAAUGUCUACAAACAGCAGGAUCCCAAAGGAGAUGACUGCAUAUCCACUAUUAAGCCUGUAGAUAUAAUCUCUUUGGUGAUGCUUUCAUAGCCGCUCUUUACUAUGCUGUACAGUGUAUUGUUUAUAAUCAUAUAAAAUUAAGGAUGUAUACUGUAUUUAACAAAAAAAGACAUUAAAACCAAACGUUUCACUGUGAAUAAAAUUACAAUUAAAACCAUUCCCAUCCUGGGCCAACAAGAUUAUGAAAUACUGUGGUAAUGUAUGAUAUUACAAAAAUAAAAGUUCCAUCACAGCCCAAA